AUCAAUAUCUUCACUCUAUUUAUACCACCAACACAUUGCACCAGUCUUUGAGUAUUCUCACUUUCCCCAAAAAUGAAAACCGCUUUCUUUUUCAUCCUCAUUACUGCUUUUCUAUUCAGAAGUGGUUUUUCUAAACAACCUAACUUCCAAACUCUAGUUGUAAAUCCACUCUCAUCAUCAAAACUACAAACUUCAAACUUAGAUGAUUUCUCAUGGAGCGAGUCACAAACCCUAACAACAACGGAAUCAACCACAGAAUUAUCAUCAUCAGCAGCAGAGCCUAAAUCUAUUCUUACACUCAACUUACAACACAUAGAUUCACUCACUUCAGAGGAAGAUGAAACUCAUGAAUCAUUGUUCAAAUCAAGAUUGCAAAGAGAUGAAGCACGUGUCAGCACACUCAAAUCCAUGGCAGGUAAAGCAAGAUCUUCUCAUGGUAAAAAUGCAACUGCAGGUAGAGGUAACGGUAAAGAUUUCAGUGCUUCUAUAAUCUCAGGACUAGCACAAGGAAGUGGUGAGUAUUUUACUAGAUUAGGUGUUGGAACACCACCAAGAUAUGCAUAUAUGGUUCUUGAUACUGGUUCUGAUAUACCAUGGAUUCAAUGCCAACCUUGUAGAAAAUGUUAUUCACAAACAGAUCCAAUUUUUAAUCCAUCCAAAUCAAAAUCAUAUGCUGGUGUUACCUGUAAUUCACCAUUAUGUAGAAAGCUUGAUGCAUCAGGUUGUAAUCAGAAGAAAUCUUGUCUAUAUCAAGUAUCUUAUGGAGAUGGUUCAUUUACAUUUGGAGAGUUAGCUACUGAAACAUUUACUUUCAGAGGUACCAAAAUACCUAAAAUAGCCUUAGGUUGUGGUCAUGAUAAUGAAGGUUUGUUCGUUGGUGCUGCUGGUAUUCUAGGACUUGGUCGUGGUAGAUUGUCAUUUCCAACACAAUCUGACCGUAGAUUCGGUGGGAAGUUCUCCUAUUGUCUUGUUGAUCGAACUUCAUCAACAUCAUCUAAACCAUCUUCAGUUGUUUUCGGUGAAUCGUCUGUUUCUAAAUCGGCUGUGUUCACUCGGAUGCUUCAAAACCCUAAACUGGACACGUUUUAUUACGUGGGUCUACUAGGGAUUAGUGUUGGCGGUGUUCGUGUGUCUGGGAUUAGAUCUUCGUUUUUCAAACUCGAUAAAGCUGGGAAUGGUGGUGUCAUUAUUGACUCGGGUACUUCUGUAACUCGGUUAACUCGUCCUGCGUAUACCGCCUUAAGGGAUGCAUUCCGUGUGGGGACUAAAGGUUUGAAAUCUGCGCCUGGUUUUUCGCUAUUCGACACGUGCUAUGAUUUGUCAGGACAAAAAGAGGUGAAAGUACCGACUGUUGUUAUGCAUUUUGGUGGUGGGGCCGACGUAUCAUUACCGGCUGCGAAUUACUUGAUACCUGUUGACACUAAUGGGGUGUUCUGCUUUGCUUUUGCGGGUACAACUGGUGGGCUAUCCAUCAUUGGGAAUAUCCAACAACAAGGGAUCCGUGUUGUGUUUGAUCGAGCUGGGUCUCGAGUUGGAUUUUCCCCCCGAGGGUGUGCAUGAUAUGCGCGCAUGUAUUUAUCCAACUACACGCUGGAAUGUAAUUCCAACAAGAGUGUUGUAAACUAUUAUAUGUAUUGUGCUAGCUGAUAUUUUUAGAAACAGAAAAUGUUGGACUAGACUAGAGUUUCUCAAAAUGAAUUUCUUAAUGUUGAUUAUAUUUUGUUUUACUAAAAAGUAGAAAUUCGUGCUUCAUGUUUUAUUUGUUGUGAGGUUUUAUCUUGUUUAUUAUUUUGCAGCGAGUGUAGACUGCGACAUAACUUUUAGUUGAGAAUUGUAUGUUGAGUUCCAUUGC